UGGUUUCCGGUCAGAAAACCAGGAAGUGAAAUUACUCAUCACAAUACCUUUUGUGACCAAUCUAGUAAAUAACAAACCAAAGCGAUGCCUUGGUUUGGCCAAGGAGGAAAGAAAGGCAAACUGCCUGGCGCAACAGAACUUCAAGUGCAAAGGACAAAGCAAAUUGAAUCCCUUAGAAGAGGAAAUCUGAAUGUGAUUGAAACUCUUCGUGAUGUUGAAUACAGACUUACAAUACAAGCUGCUGGGAACUCCCUUACCUUAAUUAUAAAUUUACCACCACAGUUCCCACAGGAUAAACCUAGUAUUACAGUUCAACCAGCCGUCAGACACCCUUGGGUUGACAGUAACUCCAAAGUUAUAAAUUGUCCAAAUAUCAACAAUUUUUCAGUACAUUCUAGUCUCAAUACAGCUGUACAGGCAGUUGUAGAUGAAUUCAGAUCUAAUCCACCAGCUCUGGUCUCUCAUGUUCAAUAUCCUGUGAAUACGCCAAAUCGAGGCUAUCCCUCCAUGUUUCCGGUAACAACAAAUAUAUUCAGCAUUUAUCCCUCCAUGCCUAGCUACACCUCUCCAGCAUCACCCACAGAAACAACCACGUCCCCUAGUCAGAACGCUACUUCGACUACAGAAACUCAACUUUCCAACUGUGAUACCAGCAUUCCUGAUUUCAGUCAAACUAAUAUUAUGUCUACAUUCCCAGAACUCAAAGAUAAAGGUCGUUUAGAGAUGUUAGAAAUAUUGAAUGAAGAGGAAAAGAUUCUGGAAAUCAUUCAAAAGAUGCCACAGGUUCAGCAAGUAGUACAAGAAAGAGAAAAACAGUCAUGUAAAUGUACAGAAUUAGCCAAAGAGAAUUUAAGCAAAAAGCCUGUGAUAGAAGAUCUGAAACAGCAAGUUAGUGAAAUGAUGCAGGAGUUUGAAUCACUACGCACACAAUUUGAAAGCAAUCAGGAGAAACAGUGUUCACUAAUAGACCAAUUUCAUCCCAGUGUUAUACAAAAUAAUCUCAAAGUUGCCAUUCUUGAGGCAGAGGAGGAGUCAGAAAAGAUUGUUGAAGACUUUUUAGAUAAAAAAAUAGAUAUAGAAGAAUUUACUACACAGUUUCUUGAAAAAAGAGCAUUAUAUCAUACAAGAAGGGCCAAAGAAGAGAAGAUGAAUCAUAUGAGUAUUGACCAAGGAUUUUAAAACAGUCUUUCAUGUGUUCACAUCAUCUAACAUUUCAGUGUGGUGUUUUAGUUUGUUUUUCAUUUGGUAUAACAGCUAUAUUACAAACAUGACAAGAAAUCAAAGCACUGAAAGUAUGGCAAAAGUUUAAAUUAAAAAUGAUGUCAAAUUUGAAGUGAAGUUCAGUCAGACUUUGUUUGAGAUUACAAAUUUUGACAACUUGUAGAUAAACAAAACAUUCUGAUGUUUGUUAAGAAAUGUAAGGUUUUGAGCAUUUGCUUUGGAACCAGCUUGAUGCUCAAUUAAAUAAAUGAUGAAGCUUGAAUUGGUAAAUGCUAUUGUAAUUGGCUAAGUUAGGCUAUCAAGGGCAUUGUAAUUGUUGAGGUUUCAAGACAUGUACAUCAAGGUCUAUUUAAAGAAAUGCCCUAUAUGUAAUAAUAGGCAUACAUUGAAAAUUUUUCUGGGAGAAAAUAUUGCUACAUGUUAGUUGCCUGCUACAUGUUAAUGUACAUUUUUUUGGUCUUACUUAUACAUUAUUAAUGUGUAUGGCUAUACGUGUGUUAAAAUUGCAGUGCUGAAUUUUGACACCGCAGGCGCUUAUUUUAAAUAAGAUUAAAACCUCUUAAUUUUCCCAAACUGUUUUUCUAUGGUUUAAAAGUUUAAAUUAAGAACAGUUAUUUUGUAUUUUUUGCUAGAAACAUAUUCGUUAAAGUAUAUAAUCUUGAUGUUUUUAUGAAAAAUUCGUAUCAAGUUAACUAUAUUUGAGCCGUGCCAUGAGAAAACCAACAUAGUGGGUUUGUGACCAGCAUGGAUCCAGACCAGCCUGCGCAUCCGCGCAGUCUGGUCAGGAUCCAUGCUGUUCGCUUUUAAAGCCUAUUGGAAUUGGAGAAACUGUUAGCGAACAGCAUGGAGCCUGACCAGACUGCGCAGAUGCGCAGGCUGGUCUGGAUCCAUGCUGGUCGCAAAGCCACUCUGUUGGUUUUCUCAUGGCACGGCUCAUUUGUUUUCUUCCAAGUGAGUAUCAAGACUAACUUGACUACAAGUUAUGUGUCUAUAUAUAAGACACCUGGUAGUUAUAAGGUUAUGUGGGUCUUUUCUUGUUUUAAUUACACUCAAACAUCGUUUGCUCGAACUUAACGGGACCGGUAAAAUUUGUUUGAGUUAUCAGUAGUCCGAGCCAUAUUGUAAAUUGGUAAAUAUGCCAAAUGCGUAAUCCACAGAAAAUAAAGUCUUUACUUACUUACAUUGAAAUAUUUAUGUUAUACUGGGAUUUUGCCCGACUGACAUGGAGUUCAAGCAAAGGGCGAUGUUCUAAUUAUCCGAGUUUGAGCAAAACAAAGUUUGACUGUAUUUCGUCUAAAUAAGAUCUGCAGUAUAAGCUGUCUACCAGGUAUAGAGAUUUUUAGGGCAUUAUGAAAAGUUUUAUCUUUAUCGAGCAAAAGGUAAUUGUGGGGUAUUUAUCACGAGGAUUUCAGAAGGGCAAGAAUUCCUGGAUUUUUUAUUUAAGAAUCCAUUGCUUUAAUUUUUGUCAGGGAUUUGAUUUUGUGCAUUGCUCUUACCAUAUAAUCCAGAGAAUAUUUAGCAAUUGGUAAAUUACUGAUAAAUCAUGAUUUGAGCCGCACCAUGAGAAAACCAACAUUGUGCAUCCGUGACCAGCAUGGAUCCAGACCAGCCUGCGCAUCCACGCACUCUGGUCAGGAUCCAUACUGUUCGCUUUCAAAGCCUAUUGGAAUUAGAGAAGCAGUGAGCGAACAGCAUGGAUCCUGACCAGACUGUGUGGAUGCGCAGGCUGGUCUGGAUCCAUGCUGGUUGCAAAUGCACAAUGUUGGUUUUCUCAUGGUACGUCUCAAAUGAUGUAUCACGUUUUUUUGUUGGGGACUAAUAAUGUGGAAUUUUUAAUUACAGCUAUGCUUAAAAUCAAUUUCUAACAAGCAUUGAACUCUAGAUUUAGAAAUCCAGGAAUUCCCUUCUGUUCUGAAAGAACAGUUCUAGCCAAAAUCACAUGUUUUUAUACCCUAAAAUUGAGAUUCACAAUUAUAGUUUGUAUAUUCUGUUCAAAUGUAAUUUACCUUUAAGUUAAAAACACUGUUAAAAAUCUAUCUGAUUUUUAAGCUAAUGUCUUAAUUUUAACAUCAAUAUUUUUUAAUUCAAAAUGGAUCAAAUGCAUUGUACUGUUAAACCUGUAUUAGUGGUAUCCUAUAUUAGCCAGCAGCCUGUUGUUUGUCACCUCCCCGGGACAUUAAAGACCCAGCAGUUUUGUUAUGAACUGAGCUAUGGUUUGCUAUUAUCUAGCCAGUUCUUGAGUGGAUCCUAAUCACAAUUCAGCUGUAUGUGCAGCAAUUCAUUUUUAUUUUCAUUGGGUUUAACAUCACACCAACACAGUUAUAGGUCAAAUGGUGACUUUUCCAGCUUUUGAUGGUGGAGGAGGAUGCCAAGUGCCACUCUGGGCAUUAUUUCAUUAAACCACCCACCUACCGUAAACAAGCUGGAUGGCUUCCUCACUUGAAGAAUUCUAUGCCAAUAGUGAGGCUCGAACCCAUAUUGGUGAGGAGCUAGUCAUAUGAAGUCAGCGACCUUAACCACUCGGCCACGGAGGUCCCCGUUCAGAAAUUCAGUUUGUAUAAAAAGGUAGGUGGGUGUAACCUAUCAUGAAAAGGCAACAAGUUUUCUCAUGAGGAUAAAACUUCAGUACAUAUAUUUUAUGUUUACUAGUUACUUUUAUAGUUUAAUACAGUAUUAACAGGGUCAUUUAAUUUUGGUAGCUGUCUUUAAUAGUAAUCAUAAUAUUAGGCUUCUUUUAAAGAUCAUCUUGGUUUUUGGAUUUUGUUAUUUUACUCUGUGCUAUCCGACCUAUUUGUUUGUUGAUAAUCUAGUAUAAUAGACUAUGGACAUUAGAUAUGUCCUGCAUUUUGUAUAGAUAUUUUUAUGCUAGUACUGAACCUUCUUGUAUGUAAAUUUUGACCAGCUAACACUGUUUCUUUUUAUACGCCCAAAGGGACGUAUUAUGUUUUACCCCGGUGUCCGUCUGUCCGUCCGUUAGCAAUUUUUCAUGUCGGCUCUGUAACUCUUAAACCCCUUGAAGGAUUUCGAAGAAACUUGACACAAAUGUUUACUGCAUCAAGAUGACGUGCAGAGCGCAUGUUUCGGAUGACUUGCUUCAAGGUCAAGGUCACACUCAGGGGUCACAAGUCAUAUGAGUUUGUUUCGUGUCUGCUCUGUAACUCUUGAACUGCUUGAAGGAUUUCAAAGAAACUUGGCACAAGUGUACACCACAUCGAGACAAUGUGCAGAGCGUGUGUUUCGGAUGGCUUGCUUCAAGGUCAAGGAGUCACACAGUCUGUCUGUCCGUCCAUCCAUCUGUAAUUCCUUUCCAGAGACAUAUCUCUGAAAGCUUUCAGUAAAUUUUCAAAUUACUAUAUAUAUAAUAGGACAAGGUCCAAGGCCAAGUACACUCUUGGAGGUCAAAGGUCAGAUUUCUUGUCCAUGUCUUCUCUGUAUCUUAGGAUUUUCAUAAAAGGAUUUUCAUAAAAGGUGUAUCAAUUGUGUACCUCAUCUUGUGCAGAGUGCACAACCCAGGUCACUACAUAUAAGGUCAAGGUCACAUUUGGCUGUCACGGUUCAAAUCAAUCUCAUCGAAAGGACCACCUUUUAUAUUAUUGUACCAAUAUUGUUUAUAUGAAAAUAAUACAUUUUUCUUUCUAUACAAAACACAUAGUAAAGGUAAAUAGAAGGUGAAUAAAACUCAUAGGUGUUCACUAUAAUAUAAUGAGAAUCACUCAUGACCCAGGUUUCUGGGUCAAAGGCCAAGGUCACACUAUGAGGUCAAAGGUCAAAUGACUUAAUUUCUUGUAUGCUCCAUAUCCUUUCAACUUAUAUGUGUAUCUGGAAUAAAUUCCAAUACAGAAUAAUAGAUAGAUAGAAUUUAUUAUGGUAAAAUAGACAUAAAUGUCUGUUUAAAAUUUUGCUAAAUUUAAUCAAGUUGCUUGCUGCAAAUGAAACUUCGGGUUUUUGGUAAACAAGUACAUUUUGAAUGUGUACAGCUGACUUGUGUGAAUAGCCCGCAAUGCUCUAAAUUUUGAAACUCUACAAAUAUAUUCAAUUACAAAUGAAAUUUUAAAAUAUACCUGUAUGGGUACGGGUAUGAAAUCACAACUUAACUUCUUUCUAAUAUUGAUCAAGUUUUAGCUUAGAAAUAACACACAUUUAAAAAUUGUAAUUGAGGGCAUUUUUAGCUUUAGUGUUUGAGGAAUAGGUAGAACUAUUGCACUCUCUCAUUUGUCAGCAUCAGCUUUAGCUUCUUCAUUGGCGCCCUGAUUUGGUUAAGUUAUAGGUACAUGUAUAAGCUGGUAUCUCAGGUAACCUAUUAAUGGGAAUGGCUUGAAACUUUACACACUUUUUCAAUAUGAUGUAAUGACAUGCAGUGUACAGGUUCCAUAACUAUUUUGCAUUUAUACAGAAUAGUCCCCUUUCUUCGACUGAUCAAUUUUAGGUUGUGUUUUUAUAUGUGAGCUGGUACCUCGGUAACCACUUGUGUGAAUGAAAUGAAACUUAAUACACUCUUUCACUGUGAUAAUUUGACAUGCAUAGCAAAGGUUUCACUCUUGAUUUUGCAUUUUUGUAGAGUUAUGCCCCUUUUCCAAUUUAGCAAUUAUUUGGUGUAAUUUGUUAUCAUCAAAGCAUCAUAAGUGGGGAAAGUUCUACGUCUCAAAAUUGUUGCCCCCUUUUUUCUUGUUUAUGUCUGUGUUUUCAUCAUUUAAACUGUAUUUAGUGACAAAGUUUUUGAAUAGUAGAGCGUUGUUGGCCUCCAGCAGCUCUUGUUUGAGAAUACAAUGAUCUAUUGCUUUUAUUUGAGUAAGAAUUAUAUAUAUUACUUUUGUUUAUGAUCUUAUUUUCAAACAUUUUCCUUCUUGCUUUGUAAAAGAACUCCUUUUUGAGUUACAAUUGGGAUUAAAAAGGGGAAUAGAUAAACUAUAAGUUUGUCAUCUAGAGAGUACUAAGGUUGUAAACUUGUUUUAUUUUGUUUAUGAUUAUUGUUAUGUAGAUUGCUAGUCAAAAAUAUCAAAGCACUGGCUUGCCUUUUUCUCCUGUUGUCUUUAAUAAAGUGAUUGAACUAUUUUA